GCCAUGACUGUUGCUGUUUCUGGAUCAUCUCAUGGUCCUUCUAUGUUUGCUGAAUCAUCACGCGGCCAGUUAGACGGGCCAUCGAAUCCAUACUUUGUUUUUGAUACCCCUCAGGGAACCCGUUACUGGAUUCCUAACGUCGCUGAUAAGUUCAUACCAGUGUGUGGGAAAUCUUAUCCAACUUUUGCGGAUGUUCUUUCCAUGUAUGAACUUUAUGCGUUUGAAGCAGGUUUUUCUGUAAAAAAAGGGCAAACUAAAGUCUGGAAUGGAAUUCCCACACACAAGUAUCUUCGAUGCUCAAAAUAUGGAAAACCACAACCAAAGAGGACUUUCGACACCCUAGAUGAAUCUUCUGUUAAGCACCGGAGGACCAACUUCACAUGGUGUGACUGUAAGGCAAGCAUACUAGUCUCGAUCUCGAACGAUUCAUACACAGUUCUGAGUUUCGAUGAUAUUCAUAAUCAUGAACUUGUUGAGAGUUACAACCGUGAUCUUAGCAAGAUAUCACGGAAGCUGUCAUUCUCCACGAAACAAUUUAUUCACAAUAUGAGUCUAAACCGCAUCGGACCAAUGAGAGCUUAUAGAUGUCUUGUAGCUUUAAAAGGAGGGCAUCACAAUGUCAAUGGGACUCUGGUGGAUUUUAAAAACUUUAGCCACCAGUUGCGAAUUUUUAUUGGUGAACGCGACGCACAAGUUUUCCUUGAACGCCUGCGUGAGCGUUUUGACAACCUACCCAACUUCUAUUUUGAUUACACUGUAUCAAAUGGAAAGUUGUCUUCUGUAUUCUGGGCUGAUGAGAUUUCAAAGCUAAACUACAAAGCUUUUGGCGAUGUCCUCGCGUUUGACGCAACUUACAGCACAAACAGGUACAAGAUGGUUUUUGUGCCAUUCACGGGUGUGGAUCAUCAUUUCCAAUGUGUUACAUUUGGAGCGGGUUUGAUAUCAACCGAGUCCAUUGAAUCUUAUGUGUGGUUGCUUAAGGCUUUUGAUCUAUCACUUGCUUGA